UAGAUUAUUUCCCUCACAAGCAAGCAAUGGCUGUGGAUGUAGCAAUGCAGCUGUACCUCUGCUCUUCACCCUUGCGAAGAGAGAAGUGUGCCUGCAAAAUCGCCCCGAAGCCAAAGAAGCCCCUGAGGCCCUGCAUCCAGCUGAGCGGCAAGGCUGCGCCGGGUGGGCAGGAGGAGGCAGCAAACUCCUUCACACACAACAAGGUGAAGAAGAGGGUCUCGUUUGCUGAUAGCAGAGGCUUCGCCCUGACGAUGGUGAAGGUGUUCUCAGAGUUUGAAGACCCACUAGAUAUUCCUUUCCACAUCACGGAGCUCAUAGACAACAUUGUGGGUCUGACAACGGCGGAGAGGGACAGCUUUGUCCUGGAUUUUGUUCAGCCCUCUGUGGACUACCUGGACUUCAGAAACCGCCUCCAGGCAGACUGUGUCUGCCUUGAAAACUGUGUGCUAAAGGAGCGAUCCGUUGUGGGAACAGUGAAGGUGAAGAACCUGGCUUUUGAAAAGACUGUGAAGAUCAGGAUGACGUUUGACACCUGGAAGAACUUUGUAGAUUACCCGUGCCAGUAUGUCAAGGAUACGUACGGGGGGUCAGAUCGGGACACCUUUUCCUUUGACAUCAGCUUGCCCGAGGGAAUUCAAUCCCACGAAAGGGUCGAGUUUGCCAUCUCCUUCGAGUGCAAUGGGAAGGUGUACUGGGACAGCAACAGGGGCACAAACUACAGGAUCGUACGGUCAGAACUGAAGUCUGCCCAGGAAGCCGCCUGCCCUCCGCAGGGCCCUGACUUCAGCAGUGCCUUUGACCAGUUUGGGAGCCCUCGCUGCUCCUACGGCCUCUUUCCUGAGUGGCCCAGCUAUUCGGGCUAUGAGAAGCUAGGGCCUUACUACUGACCCAAGGGCCAAGUCCUGAGGGACUAACUGUUGCUGGCGUGUCUGCAGGCCUGGGAGCUGGUCUGAACUGGAGGCGUAUGGAAAGGUGGAAGAGGUAUGGCUCCAUGCAUAAG